GCCUGCCCUGCAGGGACGUUCAAGGCCAACCAAGAAGCUGAAGGCUGCUUGCACUGUCCUUCCAACAGCCGUUCCCCAUCAGAGGCAUCUCCGAUCUGCACCUGCAGGACUGGCUAUUACCGUGCGGACUUCGACCCCCCAGAAGUGGCAUGCACUAGUGUCCCGUCAGGUCCCCGCAACGUCAUCUCCAUUGUCAACGAGACGUCCAUCAUCCUGGAGUGGCAUCCUCCUCGGGAGACAGGCGGACGGGGUGACGUGACCUACAACAUCAUCUGCAAAAAGUGCCGCGCCGACCGUCGGAGCUGCUCCCGCUGUGACGACAACGUGGAGUUUGUGCCCAGACAGCUGGGCCUGACCCAGUGCCGAGUCUCCAUCAGCAGCCUAUGGGCACACACCCCCUACACCUUCGACAUCCAGGCUGUCAACGGCGUGUCCAGCAAGAGUCCCUUCCCCCCACAGCACGUCUCUGUCAACAUCACCACAAACCAAGCUGCCCCCUCCACUGUUCCCAUCAUGCACCAGGUCAGCGCCACCAUGAGGAGCAUCACCUUGUCCUGGCCCCAGCCGGAGCAGCCCAAUGGCAUCAUCCUGGACUAUGAGAUUCGGUACUACGAGAAGGAACACAACGAGUUCAACUCAUCCAUGGCCAGGAGCCAGACGAACACUGCUCGGAUCGACGGCCUGAGGCCAGGCAUGGUGUACGUGGUGCAGGUGCGCGCACGCACCGUGGCCGGUUACGGCAAGUUCAGCGGAAAGAUGUGCUUCCAGACCCUCACAGACGAUGAUUACAAGUCCGAACUGAGGGAGCAGCUGCCCCUGAUUGCUGGAUCGGCCGCCGCGGGGGUGGUCUUUGUGGUGUCCCUGGUGGCCAUCUCCAUAGUCUGCAGCAGAAAACGUGCCUACAGCAAAGAGGCUGUGUACAGUGACAAGCUCCAGCAUUACAGCACCGGCCGAGGCUCCCCAGGGAUGAAGAUCUACAUUGACCCCUUCACUUAUGAGGAUCCAAAUGUAGCUGUGCGGGAGUUUGCCAAGGAGAUUGAUGUAUCUUUUGUGAAAAUUGAAGAGGUCAUCGGAGCAGGGGAAUUCGGAGAGGUGUACAAGGGGCGCUUGAAGCUGCCAGGCAAGAGGGAAAUCUACGUGGCCAUCAAGACCCUGAAGGCCGGCUACUCGGAGAAGCAGCGUCGGGACUUCUUGAGUGAGGCCAGCAUCAUGGGCCAGUUUGACCAUCCCAACAUCAUUCGCCUGGAGGGAGUGGUCACCAAGAGCCGGCCGGUCAUGAUCGUCACAGAGUUCAUGGAAAAUGGAGCAUUGGAUUCUUUCCUCAGGCAAAACGACGGGCAGUUCACGGUUAUCCAGCUGGUAGGAAUGCUGAGGGGCAUCGCCGCUGGCAUGAAGUACCUGUCUGAGAUGAAUUACGUGCACCGGGACCUGGCUGCCAGGAACAUUCUGGUCAACAGUAACUUGGUGUGCAAGGUGUCUGACUUUGGCCUGUCGCGCUACCUGCAGGAUGACACCUCAGACCCCACCUACACCAGCUCCUUGGGAGGAAAGAUCCCCGUGAGAUGGACAGCUCCAGAGGCCAUCGCCUACCGCAAGUUCACUUCGGCCAGCGACGUCUGGAGCUAUGGGAUUGUCAUGUGGGAAGUCAUGUCCUUUGGAGAGAGACCAUAUUGGGAUAUGUCCAAUCAAGAUGUCAUCAAUGCCAUCGAGCAGGACUACCGGCUGCCCCCACCCAUGGACUGUCCGGCUGCUCUCCACCAACUCAUGCUGGACUGUUGGCAGAAGGACCGGAACAGCCGGCCCCGUUUUGCAGAGAUCGUCAACACCCUGGACAAGAUGAUCCGAAACCCGGCAAGCCUCAAGACUGUGGCAACCAUCACCGCCGUGCCUUCCCAACCCCUGCUCGACCGCUCCAUCCCAGACUUCACGGCCUUCACCACCGUGGAUGACUGGCUCAGUGCCAUCAAGAUGGUUCAGUACAGGGACAGCUUCCUCACUGCCGGCUUCACCUCCCUCCAGCUGGUCACCCAGAUGACAUCCGAAGACCUCCUGAGAAUAGGGGUGACGUUGGCAGGCCAUCAGAAGAAGAUCUUGAACAGCCUCCACUCCAUGAGGGUCCAGAUGAGUCAGUCACCAACAGCCAUGGCGUGAGCACUCUGGUCUUCUGGGGCAAGGAGAGGAAGGACAGCGGCCGGCCGCCAAGGGCACACGUGCGAUUGACCACUGUGGAAUGUUCAACGAAGGUUGUCUUCUUCUCUGAGAAGCGCAUUGCUGUUAAUGAAGGAUGAACUCGUGGCCAGUUCCUGG